AUGUUGGUGGCGGACGCAAACAUCCAAGCUCGAGUCGCGGCCAUCCGGAAAAGAUCGAAGGCGGAAGGCGACCGCGGCGAAGGCGUGCGACAUAUCCGCUGGGGGGGUGAGAAACAACGGCUUGGGCAAUGGGUUAAGCGCUUGAAGUUGAUGCGCCGGCCAAUGUAGGGGUUUCGAGUGUUAUUGUAUUGUUUUGGUAUUGUUAGGGGAUUUUCGAAUGUAUUGUUUUGGUGCAUUGGAUUGGAUUUUGGCCUUGCUAUUGGAUUGGUUUCUAGCAUUCGGGUUUGCCAACGUUGUUUCGGUAUUGGAUUUGAUAUGGCUUUGGUGUUUCGUCGGGAUUGAUUUGGAGGAGGAUUGUUUUUCUUGGACUUCGACUGGACGAAUAUUGAAUGUUGUUCGUUUGGUCUGUGGUUCAGAUCUCCAACCCCUUCUUAACUCAGGGGGGCGGAUCUCCCAGAGAAGGGGGGCACGUUGUUCAUUCGGAUGGAAUUUACUGCAGCUGGUGCCAAGUUUCUAGAGAGAAGCAAUAGGAACAAUACUCGCGUAUUUUCUGCGCAAAUGAUUUUCACGCUGAACGAAUGGUUGGGUAUGGAUGUUGUUUGAUCGGAAAUGUGAGAGUAGAGGAUUCAUGUCAUGUUCAGCUGCGUUUUACCUGCGACGUGGGCAUCCGCGAAACAUGAAACCUAUGCAAACGUUUUUCCUUUGCGAAAUUUGUGUUGUCUUGGUAGGACUGUUGACGGAAAGAUGGAUGUAAUCGAAGCGCAACGAAGGCGAAUAUCUACGAAUUGGUCCGUGUGUUGGAAAGUAAAUGAAGAGAAGUUGCACAGAUAGGUUUGGUUCAAU